UCUGGUUUUGGGAACGUCACCUCCGAAUUUUGGUCUGGACUUAACCAUGCUCAUUAUCUGACGUCACAGAGACCGGAUGAAGAUUUGUUUAUAUUCUUUACGACUAUUAAGUAUACAAGUAUGCACCGUCAUCAGACUUUUGUUGAUGUCAAAUAUUCCAGUGUUCAAAUUCAAAAUGAAUCUCUCAAUUUCUCGCUUACGUUUGAUCAAUAUUCAAAAAUCUACAAUUUUUCUUUAGGCGAUUUUAUGGCUGGACUUAAUGGUUCUCAAUUUAGUACAUUUGAUAGGGAUAACGAUGGACAAUCCGAAGUGUGUUCUACUAAGCACACAGCAGGCGUUUGGUUU